AUGGCUCUCAAAAUCAAUUUCAACAAUUUUGGGUUCAUCGUCGGGCUAUUGGGCCUGAUCGCUCUAUUACCUCCUCUCGUUGCCGUCGUGAUGUAUGUAUUACCCUCUCGUCGUCAGCGGGACCUCGAUGACGUGCUGUGCAACACCGAGUCACUGUGGCGUACAACUCGGGAGGAGGGAUUGUUUCAAGGCUCACCAUUUGUCGAAAUGACAGAACACAAGCUUGCGCAUUUUCGCACGCGAGCGACUGAUCUGCGCAUGGACACUUAUCGCGCCACGAAUAUUUUCCAGGACAUGCGGGGAAUUCUCACUGGAUUGUCGCUAGAUAUCGCUUUAUUAUGCAGGCGGGUGAAGAACCUUCGCGCCACAAUUUCGACAACGACAACGGAGGAGCGUAAGAAAUUGCAGAACGAACAUCUCUAUACGCUAUCUGCCGAAGUGUAUAGCUCGGAAACGAAUUCGCCUCUCCGCGCGCUCGCCGCAGGCACGUAUCCGUCAACCAAUGUCGCUCCAAAUUCUCAACUAUUCGUCACAGAGAGAGCUGCUCCUUCUUCCACAUCCUGUAGCGCAGAUCUCACACCGCGUUCAGGAUUAGCACGUGGAGCACCCACUGACAUCGAAUCUUCACCUUCUCUGGACGAGAAUACAUCUAUUGAAUCAUCUUCCGAAUGUUCCACGUUGCCAGGCUCGAGGAAUAGCAAUGUGGAUUUAGGACGCCGUUGUUCCGCUGAAGUGGAUGCAGAAGAAAUACAAGCUCAGACCCUGGAAACGGAUUACGGUCUCAUACCUCAGCAGCUUUGCAUCCCUCCAAAUUCAAGGGAUGGCACUAUUCACAUAAAACCCGCGUUCCUGAUUGGAACCCAAGCCGCAAUAUACCUCGCUCCCUCCGCCGCAUCAUCCCAGCCCUCUACAAGAUCCUUCGUCGUAUUCAGCAUGAUCUGA